AUGGGCCGACAUAGGACUCACCUAACUGAAACUGUUCAGGGCCCUCCUAGCUCACGCUCCGUGCUCUUGGCUGGAGCCCAGAGUGUCCUGGAGACAACAGCAGCACGCGUCCGCAACGAGCUUGCCAGUCUCGAUGGCGAUUUGCUAGAGGAAAAGCUGCUCCUGUUGCAGCAGCUUGACCACCUAGAAGCCACCCUGGCACUGCUUGAGCGGACAGUUCCGCCAGGGUCUAGUGGGGAUGUAAAGGUGCUGUCCCCUGAGGAAUUGUGCGAGGCCUGCAGGCACCUGAACAUGGCCGUACAUACAAUGCUUGCCCUUGCUCCUAAGUUCCGAGAGGCUACAAGCCACCGCCUGCUCAAACAACUUGGCCCUGGUACAACUAGCAUAUUUGAUUGCUUUUCUCGUCGUCGCCCUCCUGUGGAACUGCCACCAGAAAAACGUAAAAGCCGUUUACGCGUGCAGCUUGAUAAACUAGAGAAGCAGCAUGAGGAUUGCCUUUUAGAUUUGCUUCUCUCUUUUGAGCACCUGGCAACAGCGGAAGUGAUACCACCACCGGAUGCGCCACCUCGUUGUGCUGAAGGCAGUCGAUACGUGUUAUCGGGUCAGGCGAAACUCCAUCAGUCGCAUGCAAUGGUGUGCCAGCUUCUCAUAGAGGAAGACGAAUUGCUGCUUCCUAUUCUUGAGUGGCAACUGGGUGCGGCUGCUUCAGAUUUUGCAGUAGCUAGGGCUGUGCUAGAUCGCCUUCCUAGACCACAAGUACGACGCUCGCGGACAAAAAUUGAAAGUCAUACACCCCCCCAAGCGUCGGUAAAUGUCCGCUGCGAAAGCACAGCAAAAAUUGUCUCGUGCCCUGUUGCAAGGGAACCAAGCGUUCGAUUCGAGGAAACCCUUCUGAACUCCCCUUCAAGAGAGCCAACGACCUCUACACCUAAUUUACAUCAGAGGGCGCAAAAGCGAAGAUGUAACCAGGAUGGUGAUAGCGGGUACAUACCACAGGAACCUACUUCCAAAUAUUCGUCUCGCAAAGGCUACGAGUCUCCUACAGUGGACAGUGAUUGCUCUUACGCCUGCGACAAAAUUCGAGCGAACUCGCCCAGUUGCAGCUCUCUUCCUAAUCUAGGCGCACUUGGUCCAUGCGACCUCUGCAGCUCAGGGACCACCUUAAGACAGCUGCAGACUCCAGUCAGUGAUAGAUACAGGUAUAUGACACUAGAUACCACGGAGCGAAAUGCUGGGCGCAUUAGCCCAUUCGGUUCUAGAACGGCGGAGUGUGCAUCAUGGGGGUCGAUGGUUGGCAGCGACUGCCGCCGCAGGUAG